AUGCCGUACUAUGGAGCGAAGCUGAGCCCACCAAUCCCCGAGGAUAUAACAAUCUGGUCAUGGCUGUUCGAAACCACCCAUACACCGCCAGGAGUCAAGCCAACAGGAGGCUUCCGGGACGCAUCGACCGACCAGUUCCUCUCCUUCGAUGACAUCCGGCGCCUUGCAACCCGUUUUUCCUCAAUCCUGUACCACAAGUAUGGCUUGCGUGCCGGAGACGGCGUGUCUGCGUUCACGUCGAACACGAUAUGGUACCCGGUCGCAAUGUUCGCGGCGGCACGGCUGGGGGUGAUUUUCACGGGCUCGUCGCCGGAAUAUGGCCCGGAAGAGGCCGGCUAUAUCAUGAAGGCGGCGAGAGCCAAGCUGGUAUUUGCGGACCAGGGCUCGCUCAAGGCGGUCUCGCAAACGAUGAGUGUGGAUAGGAUCAUCCUUCUGGAACCGGCAGACACAGCUGGCCCUUUGCCUUCGGUCAAGAAGUUACUCGACAAACCAGAUUUUGGCAGCGUUCCCGCGCCUUUCACGCUCCCUGCAGGGAAGAAGAACGGCCAGGUCUGCGCGUUCUUGAGCUUCACCUCCGGCACGACGAGCCGACCGAAGGGCGUCAUGAUAUCCCACAAAAAUGUGAUUGCCCAGAUCAUGCAGAUGAGGUCGCUAGGCCGGGAGGAUCUUCCAAGAGUUCUGCUGGGAGUUUUACCGCUGUUCCACAUCACCGGACUCGUUCAGAUCUUGCAACUGCCGAUCGUUCUUGAUCAACAAGUCAUCUUGAUGCCUAAAUUCGACAUGAAGGGUAUGAUGGAUACGAUCGUCAAGUACAAAUGCGAUGAACUGUGGCUUGUCCCACCUCUUCUCAUCAGGCUGGUCAACGACCCUGUCGCCGCUGGACAUACCCUGCCUUUGGUCAAGCAGUUCAACACCGGCGCUGCCCCUCUGGCCCAAGAGAUCGUGGAUAAACUCGCGAAGCGGUUCUCACACAUCGCAAUACGGCAGGCAUGGGGAAUGACCGAAAGCACCAGUGCCUUGACACUAACACCACCGCCGUUGCAAACCUACGAGAAUGCUCACACUGUUGGUGCCGUCGUCCCGGAAACGGUGCUGAAGAUCGUGGAUCCUGAGACGGGGAAGGAAGUCAAAGAAGGCGAGAGUGGCGAGAUCUGGGGCAAGGGCCCUCAAGUAACGAUGGGUUAUCUUGACAAUCCGAGCGCCACGGCGGAGACAUAUGAUCAGGAAGGAUUUCUCCACACCGGUGAUAUCGGGUCCAUGCUUCCCAGUGGUCUCCUGCUGGUCCAAGACAGGCUGAAAGAGAUGAUCAAGGUCAAAGGCGUCGGCGUGGCUCCUGCCGAACUGGAAGAUCUGCUACUCGGCCAUCCGCUGGUCGUGGACGUUGCCGUGAUUGGCAUUCAGGAUCCCUAUUCCGGGGAGCUGCCGAAGGCUUUCGUCGUGCUGACCGACAAGGCCAAGCCCGAUGCUCAGACGGCACAGGAAUUGCAAGAGUUCGUGCGCCGAAAGAAAAGCCGGAGCAAGUGGCUCGGCGGCGGUGUGGAGUUCGUCAAUCAGAUCCCCAAGAGCGCCUCCGGCAAGAUCCUGCGACGCAUGCUGAGAGAUCAAGAAAGGGCCCGUGCAAAGGCGUCCGCGGGCAGAAGUCGGUUGUAG